AUGGCAGGAAAGAAAGGUGCCGAGAAUUCCAAGAAGGCCGCUGGCAACGCCAGAAAAGCCGAUGCUGCUGCCUCGAAGAAAGCUGGCGAGGAUGCCAAGCGUGCUGCUGAAGAAGACAAGCAAUGGUCUAAGGGAUCAAAGAGCGGCGCGAAGAAGGAAGAUGCUGAAGCUAAGAAAGCCGAAGCUGCCCGCAAGAAGGCUGAGCGCGAUGCCAUGCUAGCCGCCGAAGAAGCCUCACAACCUGCCAAGGCCAAAGGUGCCAAUGCGAAGACCGCACAAAAGAAGACUCGCGGCCUCGACCUAUCGCAGUUGGAUGACGCACCCUCAGGAAAGUCCUCUGCACUCAACGCCAGUGGUAUUGACAAUGCUCUGGACGCCCUCUCUCUCACAAACAAGGAUACCUCCAAGGUCGAGCGACACCCUGAGCGGAGAUUCAAGGCCGCCUAUGCUGCGUUCGAGGCACGACGCCUUCCAGAGAUCGAGGAGGAGAACCCAGGCUUGCGUAGACAGCAGCGUGUUGAUCUUUGCCGUAAGGAGUUUGAAAAGAGCGAGGAGAAUCCCUUCAACCAGGUGCACGUGGCGUCCAACGCUACUAAGGAGGAGAUUGCUCAGGUCCGGGACCAGGAGCGACAAAAGACCGAAUCCCGACUGAAAUAG